UUCUCCAUCUAUUCAUUCUUCAACGUCUCCUUCGCCUUGGCCUCUCGCUGCCAUUCUGACGUUGUUUCCUUCCAUUCGUCCCGCUCUCUCGUCGUCUUUGUCUUUUUGUCUUCUUCUUCCUCUCUCUCUCUCUCUCUCUGUCUUCCGCCCUUAUUCCCCCCCCUUCGUUUUCCCUGUUUGUUCGGAAUUAUACCCUCCGUCUCCCACCUUCGUUACCCCGAUCGCGUCUCAAAUCCAGCCAACCGGUGGUUGCUUCUGCUCGGCUUUUGACGCUCGAGUUGUCGCGUCUUAUCUCGCUCCCUGCAUCAGCACAAUCCCGAAUCUACUUUGCGUCGCUGCAGAGCCCUCCUCCCUCCGCCCUACUAUUUUAUCCACCUCUUCUUCCGCGACCUGCGCAUCUUCUCCCGACGACCUCCUUUCCUCCGCUUACGCGCGCCGCUGCGAACUCAACGUCACCGAACACCCGUAAUCGAGUCGUCGAGAUAUAAACACCAGAAAUCGCAACCAUGGGUGGCCAACUUUCCAAAGUUAUGAGCAAGAUCUUCGGAUCAAAGGAGAUGCGACUGCUGAUGCUGGGUCUCGACGCCGCCGGUAAAACAACAAUUCUGUACAAGCUCAAGCUGGGCCAGGACGUCACCACCAUUCCCACCGUCGGCUUCAAUGUCGAGACCGUCACCUACAAGAACGUCAAGUUCAACGUCUGGGAUGUCGGUGGCCAGGACAAGAUCCGUCCCCUGUGGAGGCACUACUUCAGCGGCACCCAAGGCCUCAUCUUCGUCAUUGACUCCUCCGACCGCGCUCGCAUGGACGAGGCCCGACAAGAACUGCACCGCAUCAUCAACGACCGAGAAAUGAAGGACAGUCUGCUGUUGGUCUUUGCCAACAAGCAGGAUCUCAAAGAAGCCAUGUCACCCCAGGAAGUCACGGAAGCCCUCCAGCUCUCCAAGCUCAAGGACAAGGUCUGGUACGUCGUGCCCAGCUGUGCCACCACCGGCGAGGGUCUCCUCGAGGGUCUGGCCUGGCUGUCCAACAACGUCAAGGCCCCCGCCGCGCCCGUCAAGAAAUAA